AUGGCAGGUGACGAACAGACGUACACACCUGAUUUAGACCUCAGUUAUGAGGUGCCCGCUGUCCUAAGUGAGGCUGAUGAGAGCUGGGAAGGCGAGAGGAGGCGCAGACAAAGGAAAAGAAGACCAAAAGGGAGAGGGACAAGAGUAGAGCGUGCAGGUCUUGGUCCAGGAGACAAAGAGCAGAGAGAAGGAGAGAAUUUAGAGGAAGGAGAUGGACCAGGUGGAAGAGGCCAGAGAGCUGGAAGAGAGAGUGCAGAUGUUUCAGGUGGAAAAGGAGAGAGUGUGGGCCCUGCACCAGGUGACAGAGGCCAGAGGGGUGGAAGAGGCCAGAGAGGUGGAAGAGGUCAGAGAGGUGGAAGAGGAGAUAAUGCAGGUCCAAGUACUGGAGUUGGCAGCAGAGGAAGGAAAGGGAAAGGAGGCAGAGAUGCAGAGGAAGAGAACAGAGUUCAGAUGAUCCAAAUUGACCGAAGGGUCCGGACAGAGGCACUCAUUCAGGGCAUGAGUGAAGUGAGGCUACGAGCACUAGCAACCCAGGUCUUCUCCCGGAAUCCUGGAUUAGUUUUUGAUGCACUUCCUCCAUUGGACAGCACAACCCCACCUAACGCUGCUCUUCCAUGGUGCACCUGUGGGAACUGCAGGGAAAUGGCCACAGAUGCUGAAAGGAAAUGCUGUGGCCAGGGGCCUGACUACUGCAUCAGCAAAUUGGCACAUUUUGAUCUGUAUUGUCUGGAAGAUGGUUAUUUGCGUAUUCACAGAGAUUACAGAAAUGAUAUGUUGGUGGUAGCUGAAGUUAUAGAGCCAGGAGAUGAUAACAGACAAUUUAGGUAUGCUGCUUAUCGUCAAUACAUCUUUUGUCAGCAUGGGUCACUGGGUCUGGGUAAGCGACGUGUUAUUCCCAGCUGCUGUAUAUGGAAAAUAAGGGACAAAUACCCUGACCCCCAAGGCCAGUACACUGGCUUUGUACCCACCAUUUGA